UUGUCUACUUCGCUGUCACUCCUGCUUCUUCUGCCACCCCUUCGAAUUUUAAUUGACGUGAGGGUUGUGUUGCUGCGAUGUUUCCUCUGCAGUUUCUCGUGGACUCGCCUUGUCGAGAUUUCAGGAGAUGCAUGGUCUUCUUCGUCAGAUGUUGCCUCUGAAAUGCUGUCCGGAAUCGGUUGCGUUCUUGGUAUAAAUUAGGAGUCUGGCACUGUGAUUGUAGAGUCAAGAAAGCGUUCAUUGUAGAGGUCUGCACAGGUGGCGGAUGUCGUGGAAGUCCACGAAGGAAUUGAGAGGUGGAAGUCGUAAUUCAGGAGUGCAGGAAGUGAAUUGAAGGAGCUGGUGCGAGGAUUAGGAGAUGGCAGAAUCUACAGUUCCCGAAGGGGACAUUUGGUUUGAAAAAAAGCAUGGAGGGUCGAGGAAGUGGUCCGAUACCGGGAGCGGUCGCGUUCCCUUUCAAAGUUCUAGCAGUCAUCGUCGGGACACGGACGAUGAACAGGAGCUAGAAUGGGCUGCGCUUGAGAAGUUACCUACAUACCACCGCCUGCGAACCGCAAUUCUUGAUGCUGAAGGGCAAGAGGCCCGUGGAAUAACUGAUGUGAGGCGCCUAGGUAAAGGACAGAGAGCAAGUCUCGUUGAAAAGGCUUUGGCUACUGGCGAACAGGAUAAUGAGCGUUUUCUUCUGAAGGUCAAGGAACGUCUUCACAGAGUGGGCAUACAAUUGCCUUCAGUUGAAGUUCGAUUUGAAGAUUUGUUUGUGAACGCGGAUGUCUAUGUCGGAAGUCGGGCGUUGCCAAGUUUAACCAAUUUCACGCGAAAUAUUGUGGAGGGUCUGCUGUCUUUUUGUCAUGUUUUACCACCGAAUAAGCGAGACUUGCCGAUUUUGCAUGAUGUCAGUGGCAUCAUUAGACCUGGCAGGAUGACUCUACUACUAGGACCUCCAGGUGCUGGCAAGACAACAUUGCUACUAGCUCUGGCUGGGAAGCUUAACAAAUCCUUGAGGACAUCGGGCAGGAUAACCUACAAUGGACAUACUUUUGAUGAAUUCGUUGCUCAAAGAACGUCAUCAUACAUUAGCCAAACUGACAACCACAUUGGGGAGCUUACUGUAAGAGAAACGUUGGAUUUUGCAGCACGAUGUCAGGGUGUUGGCUACAAAUACGAUAUGCUUCUGGAGCUUGCUCGUCGUGAGAAGGAAGCCAACAUUCGUCCUGAUCCAGAUAUAGAUGCUUACAUGAAGGCUACUGCUGUUGAGGGGAAGAAACAUAGUCUGUCAACAGAUUACAUCAUGAAGAUUCUGGGCCUUGAAACAUGUGCCGACACUGUUGUUGGCAAUGAAAUGCUUCGUGGUAUUUCCGGAGGACAAAAGAAACGUGUGACAACAGGUGAGAUGGUGGUUGGUCCAAAGAAGACUUUGUUCAUGGAUGAAAUUUCCACUGGUUUGGACAGCUCAACUACGUUCCAGAUUGUGAAAUGCACCCGAAAUUUUGUGCAUCUGAUGGACGGGACUGUUUUAAUGGCUCUCCUUCAGCCUGCACCAGAGACCUUUGAGUUGUUUGACGAUAUUUGUUUACUAGCUGAAGGUCACAUUGUUUAUCUUGGGCCAAGAGAAGAUAUAUUAGAGUUUUUCGAGUCCGUUGGGUUCAAACUGCCGCCUCGAAAAGGAGUUGCAGAUUUCCUUCAAGAGGUCACGUCGAAGAAGGAUCAGGAACAGUAUUGGCACGACGAACGAAGGCCGUAUCGAUAUAUACCUGUGGCUGAAAUUGCAGACGCAUUUAGAGAUUAUCGUGUUGGCAAGGAGUUGGAAGAGCAACUUGCCACACCUUUCGACAAAUCUCAAAGCCAUCCAGCAGCUCUUGUUGAAUCUAAAUUUGCAUUAUCCAAAUGGGAUCUCUUUAAAGCCUGUUUAGAGAGGGAGCUGUUGCUCAUCAAGCGCAAUAGGUUCUUAUACAUAUUCCGAACCUGUCAGGUGGCCUUUGUAGCACUCCUUGCUUCAACUCUUUUUUUCCGAACAGAGUUGCAUCCAAGCAAUGAAUUAUACGGGACACUGUAUCUGAGCACACUCUUCUUUGCACUUGUGCACAUGAUGUUCAACGGGUUUUCAGAAAUGUCCAUCACUGUGGCAAGACUACCUGUUUUCUACAAGCAACGGGAUAACCUCUUCUACCCCGGUUGGGCAUUUUCGGUUCCUAGCUUUAUAUUGCGUCUACCUUACUCAGUGAUUGAAUCACUGAUAUGGUCAUGUAUCGUCUACUACAUUAUAGGGCUCACCCCAGAGGCGGGCAGAUUCUUUCGUUACAUACUACUACUAUUCCUUAUGCACCAAAUGGCAAUCGCUCUUUUCCGACUCAUAGGCGCACUAGGUCGCAGUAUGGUGAUUGCUAAUACGUUUGGUUCAUUUGCCCUGGUGGUUGUAUUUGUACUGGGAGGCUUCAUUCUCGCAAAGCAAAGCAUACAUCCUUGGUGGAUAUGGGGGUAUUGGAUUUCUCCUCUCUCUUAUGCACAAAAUGCAAUUGCCGUUAACGAGUUUCUUGCCCCUCGAUGGCAAAAGCUUAGCCAACUCACAGGACAACCACUGUAUUUGAGCAUCCUAAAGAGUCGGGGGAUACAUACUCGAUGGUACUGGUAUUGGAUUGGUCUUGCCGCUCUUGUCGGUUAUAUCGUGCUUUUCAAUAUAUUGGUGACCUUCGCUUUACAGCAUUUGAGCCCCAUUGGCAAGCCUCAAGCCACGGUGGCUGAGGAUACUAUCAAAGAAAAAAUUGAAGGACGUGCAAUUUCUUCUAGAAGGAAGAGUUUGAGUAGGCGUGACGGUAAUUCAGGUCACAAUGGCCAUCAAUCAGUGCAAAUGAAAGAAUUUUCUCAUGAGCAUCAUGAUGGUGUACCUCCUGAAACGGCAGUUGAUAUUACAACUCUUAAGAAAGGAAACCAGGGAAGGAAAGGGAUGAUCCUGCCUUUCGAACCUUUGGCGUUGACUUUCCACAACGUCAAUUACUAUGUUGAUAUGCCCUCUAAUAUGAAAGGCCAAGGAGUUACUUCUGACAGGCUCCAGCUGCUACGGAAUGUAAGUGGAGCGUUCAGGCCUGGUGUACUGACUGCGCUAAUGGGUGUAUCUGGAGCGGGAAAGACUACGCUAAUGGACGUCCUUGCUGGAAGGAAAACGGGAGGAUACAUUGAAGGAGACAUAAGGGUGUCUGGGUAUCCCAAGAUUCAGGAAACAUUUGCACGUAUAUCAGGCUAUGUAGAGCAGACCGAUAUUCAUUCUCCACAAGUGACCGUUUACGAAUCAUUAGCAUACUCAUCUUGGCUUCGGCUACCUAAGGACGUUGAUCCUGAAACUCGAAAGUUCUUCGUGGAGGAAGUCAUGGAGUUGGUCGAGUUGAACAGCUUAAGACAAUCUCUUGUAGGACUCCCUGGUAGCACUGGACUUUCGACAGAACAACGGAAGCGCCUGACUAUUGCCGUUGAACUAGUUGCCAACCCGUCCAUUAUCUUUAUGGAUGAACCUACGUCAGGAUUGGAUGCCCGUGCAGCAGCAAUCGUAAUGCGCACUGUUCGAAACACAGUGGAUACAGGGAGGACAGUCGUUUGCACCAUUCAUCAGCCUAGCAUAGACAUUUUUGAGGCAUUUGAUGAGCUUCUACUUUUGAAACGUGGUGGACAAACAGUGUACGCUGGGCAACUUGGUCCACAAUCAAAAAAAUUGGUUGAAUACUUCCAGGCCAUUGAGGGAACUCCUCCCAUCAAAGAAGGGUAUAAUCCAGCUACAUGGAUGCUGGAAGUCACAACUUCAGGAGAAGAGUUGCGCACUGGCAAAGAUUUUGCAGACAUCUACAGAGAUUCGAAUCUGUUUCGGCAAAAUGAAGAGAUGAUAACGAGGUUAAGUGUCCCCAAAGCUGGAUCUCAUGACCUCGAGUUCUCGACUCAAUUCUCACGAUCUUCUUGGACACAGUUCAAAGCGUGUUUAUGGAAGCAAAACUUGACAUAUUGGCGCAGUCCUUAUUAUAACGCUGUGCGCUUUUUCUUCACAGCCAUCUGUGCAUUGAUCUUUGGGUCAGUUUUUUGGAGUCUCGGCUCGAGGAGGGAUACACAACAGGAUAUCUUUAACGUUAUGGGGGCGUUAUAUGCUGCUGUAUUAUUUUUGGGAGUAAACAACGCUUCCAGUGUGCAACCUAUUGUAGCAGUGGAGAGAUCAGUAUUUUACAGGGAACGGGCAGCUGGCAUGUAUUCACCCUUGCCUUAUGCCUUUGCGCAGGGUCUAAUUGAAAUUCCUUACAUUCUGGCUCAAACUUUACUAUAUGGGCUCAUUACAUACUCAAUGAUCCAGUUCGAAUGGACUGCAGCCAAGUUUUUUUGGUAUCUCUUGUUCAUGUUCUUGACGUUCUUGUAUUUCACAUUUUACGGGAUGAUGGCAGUUGGUUUGACACCCUCACAGCAGUUAGCAGCUGUCAUUUCAUCUGCGUUUUACUCCAUCUGGAAUCUCUUCUCUGGGUUUCUAAUUCCCCGUCCUAGUAUGCCGGUGUGGUGGUUCUGGUAUUAUUAUCUAAGUCCUGUGGCAUGGACUCUCUAUGGUCUAAUUGUGUCACAACUUGGUGAUGUUACUACGACCUUCGAGGCCCCGGGUUUCACCAACUCCAGUGUGCAAGAUUACCUGCAUUCUUAUUUCGGCUACAAACACUCCAUGGUUGGAGUUUGUGCUGCUGUUCUGAUAGGUUUCUGUGCUGUCUUCUGGCUUGUAUUUGCGUUCUCCAUCAAGUUCCUUAACUUCCAGCGACGUUAGUUGUGCGUUACAGAGGUACUACCCAUCCUUUGUAGACAAAUAAGAUGCAGCAAAAUUUUAAUGAUUUGGAAAGCAUUACCAAUCUAUUGAGGAAUCUAACCCUCACGGAAGUGCAGUGGUACAGCCUGCUCAAGUCCAGCAAGUUUUCGAUUUUUUUAGCUACGACGUUUUAUUCUCUCUUGUAUAUGGCAGUGUAGAUACAUUUCAGUAGAUUUUAGUGAGGAAGGAGUUCCCGCUGAUGAAAUUCAUGAUGAUCUGUAAAACCAUACUUGCAACUAUGCCUUUCAUGGCAAAUGAUGUUGUUAAGAUGUACGUUAUGAAACGGUGAAUGAAUCUACAAUUGGAAAUUCA